UUCGAGGUACACAAACAGUGGCAUGUGUCUGUGAUCUCCGACUUUUCCGAAUUUGAAGUCGAAAAUGAGUGCUGUGAAGUGCCACUACGAAGUUCUCGAGGUGUCCAGGGAUGCCUCCGACGACGAGCUGAAGAAAAGUUACCGAAAACUCGCCCUGAAGUGGCAUCCAGACAAGAAUUUGAGUAACCCAGAAGAGGCCAAGUCGCAAUUUCAACUUAUUCAACAAGCAUUCGAGGUCCUCAGCGAUCCGCAGGAGCGUGCGUGGUACGAUGAGCACCGAGAAGCGAUUUUGAAGGGAGGCAUCGGAGGCGAUUAUGAAGAUGACUCGUUUGAUGUCUUCCCUUUUUUCACGUCUUCUUGCUAUAAAGGAUUUGGUGAUGACGAGAAGGGUUUUUAUGCUGUUUACAGAGAGGUGUUUAAUAAAAUUGCUGCUGAGGAGAUAGAUCUCUAUAGGGAGGAAGAGUCUGACAGUGAAUUUGAAAUCCCAGGGUUCGGCACGUCGACGAGCAGCUACGAAGAUGUUGUCCACGAUUUUUAUGCAUUUUGGCAGAGUUUCUCUACCAAAAAGUCGUACGCCUGGAUGGACGAGUACGACACUCGCCAGGCUGAAAACAGGAGGAUCGUCCGAGCCAUGGACAAAGAAAACAAAAAGGUCAGGGAGAAAGCCAGGAAAGCCCGAAAUGAACAAAUUCGAACGCUGGUUGCCUUUGUUAGGAAGCGUGACAAGCGAAUUGAGCUGCACAAACAAAAACUGGCAGAAAAGGCAAAGGAAAAUGCGCUGAAAGUAGAGAACAAUCGGAAAAAGCAGCUUGCCGAGAGAAAGAAGUUGUUCGAGGAAGCCAACUCUUCGAAACACCUUAACAUGGAUGACAUGGAAGGUGUCCUUAAAGAAAUUGAGCACAACCUUACAGCUGAAUUUGGCAAAGACGAAGAAACAACGGAAGAUGAAGAGGAGCCAAGUGGAAUGUUUUGCGUAGCUUGCAACAAAAGUUUUAAAACUGACAAGGCGUUUGCAAAUCAUGAGAAUUCCAAAAAGCACAAAGAAAACGUUGCUCUGCUGAAAGUGACCAUGCAGGAGGAGGAAGUCGAGUUCCAGUCCGAAGAGGUGAAGGAAAGCGACGCAACUGCGGACGAUGACGAAGAUCUUGUAGAAGUAGGAUAUGAAAUACUGCAAGAAGAGGACGAUGCUGAGGAAGUUCAGGAGGAAGCAGCGGCAGCACCUAGUAGUAAAAAGAAAAAGAACAAAAAGAAGCAGACUGCCAGAGUUCGACUUGACAGUUCAGACGUAGUUGCAGAAGAUUUGGAAGAAAUUGGAAUUUCUAAGAAACAGCGGAGGAAAAAAGAUGCGCAGGCAAAACAAAGCAAACCGCCUGUAGAAAGUGAUGGUGCUGAAGCCAAUGGUGAGGUUGCAAGUGCAAACAUUCCUGUUGACGAAGAUGAAGAACAACCUGAAAAAGUGCCACCACCAAAGUUGAAAGGAAAAAAGGCUAAGUUAGCUAAGAAAGCCGAAAGAGGUGAAAAGAUUGCCUGUGAAGAAAGCAUGGAAGUGGACACUGAUCUCACUUGCUUGACCUGUAAAUCAACUUUUCCGACGAGAAACAAACUUUUUGACCAUUUUAAGAGGACUGGACAUGCGGCACCUAUCACUGAUUUGCCCUCAGCCUCCAAAUCAGAGAAGAAGAAAAGGAGGUGAAGAUUUUCUGUGUUUUUCAAUUAAAAAAACGUUAACUCUAUUAAAUUUUUUUUUUCAUUUU